AUGUGCGAAGCCCUCCCAACGACUCGUCCGCAGUGGCUGCAGGCAUUGCGCGACCUGCCCGCCACACCAAACAAAAUUCCCGCCUUCUUCUUUGCUCAUGGUUCGCCAAUGCUCGCUUGGCCAACGGCAAUCGCGCCUCGAGCAGGAGCCUUUGCCAGUGUCCAUAAACAGAUGGGUCCUGAGGGACCUUUGGCUCAAUUCCUACAUGAUUUUGGACCCGCCCUCAUUGAGAAGUACAAUCCAAGAGCUAUUGUCGUCUUCUCGGCUCACUGGGAAAGUCCUCGCAAUCAAAUACUAGGCAAGAACGCCAGCUAUUGUCGGCUGAGAUUUACUUCUAACAGUUAUACAUCAGUCACAGAUUACGGAGAACAGAAUCCUCUUUUAUUUGACUACUACGGUUUUCCAGAAGAGCUCUAUGAUCUCAAAUUUGAAUCCAAAGGAGAUAGCAGCGUGACAGGAGAAGUCCUUGCUGCAUUACAAAAGGCAGGAAUACCAUCGCGUGCGACACCAGUGACUGAAGCUCGCGGAGCUGACGGACGUGGGUUUGAUGGACCGGGACUCGACCACGGAGUUUUCGUGCCCUUUGGGAUCAUGUUCGGCGAGAAACUCCAAAUUCCGCUGGUACAAGUCUCCAUCGACGGAACGCUUGACCCAGCCAGGGAAUGGGCCUUGGGUAAGGCUAUCGCGUCAUUACGCUCGCAGCAGAUUCUUGUACUUUCUGGUGGUCUCACCUACCACAAUCUCCGCAGUAUGACUGCAUUCGUCGAGGGCGCAGCCAAUUCAGCUCAGAAAGAAUUUCAUCAAGCAAUUUUGACCGCCUUACAAAUCGAAGAUCUUGAGAAGCGGCAAAAGGCCAUGUACGACCUCACAAGGCAUCCUGGAUUCCGACCGAGCCACCCAAGAGAAGACCAUUUCGUUCCUCUCUACGUAGCCGCUGGAGCAGGUGAAGAAGGGGAUGUUAAAAUCCUCUCUGCUACGUAUGGAACAAUCACGGCAGCUUUCGGUGUAUAG